GUGCUCGGUAAUUGCGACUGGGACAUUCUUGGCUACGAUAGGAAAACAUUGCUGUGCAACAUAUAAAAUUGCUAGGUUAACACGCACACUAUUUUUAUUAAUAAUGGAAUUUAUCAGUUAUUGGCUUUAUCUAAAUAAUUUUCAGUUAUUUAAUCCAAAAUACGGUGACCAUCCAUACGUUACAACUUCCUGCUCCCCAAAGAAUGCAAAUUAUGCAUCGGAGCAUUUGUCUUUCAGUUCACAUUCAUAGAAGAACCAUGCAGUUAAUUUACAUACAAUAUAUUUAUCAUUAAUCAUGCACAUUUACCUUUAUAUAAAUAAUCUUUUGCGCGUAAAUAUAGUUUUUACACAAUAAUUAGAUAUAAGUUACUGCAUAGAUGUUUUCUGUCGUUGAAGGUUCUGCAAACGUAUAUUAAUUUCGUUUCAUUUUUGGUAUUUCCCUCUGCUAAUUAUUGGCGUAUUAUCCUUAAGUUGCGUUCUCUUUCGCGUAAGUAAUAUAUACCUUUUAAUAUAAUAUAAUUUCCAUUUCUUAUCUCAUUAUUAUCAUUUCUUAUCUCGUUUGUUCUAAGCUGUUUUAAGCUUCACGUUACUAUUGCGGACAAGUUUAAUAAGUUUUAUAUAAAAACAUGAUUACAUAAGAACAUAGUUGUACUCACUCAAUAAGUAAAACUGAACUAAAAACUUCAAUAUUACAUUAUAUAUUCAAUCUUCGCAGAUAAUCUGCAUUACUAAUAACGAUGUGUUCCAUUUACUAAAAUAAUAUUUAAUACUUCAGAACUUAUAGUUAGGAUAAUUGAAGUUUCCUCACUGACACAUGUGCUACAUUUCUUCUUUUGUUUUUUAAGUUCUUGUAUGUAUAGAGCAUGUUACUUCUAAUGAUACGUUUGACUUCUAUAUAAUACAAAUUGUUUUUAUAGCUAUACAAUGCUAUAAUGCAGUUCAAUGAUUUCUAUGAGAUUUUAAUAUCUUGUCUACUUUUGUAUUGUUAUUUAAUAUAUAUGUUUGUGGGCAACUUUAUUGCACAUUCUUAUAGCGAACACAGCGGAAGAGUAUUAGAAGCUAUGUAAGUAUUGUAUGAAAAUAUACGAAAUUUAGUAUAUUCCGAUCACUUGUAUCGUUUUUACGUACAUAUGGUGCAAGUUGUGACUAUAAUUUUCAGAUAAACACUUUAUGCAUACCUUUUAAAAUUCAGUAUAGUUCAGUGUUGUAGGUAUUAAUGCAUUGCUUCUUUCAAGUUUAGGUAUGACACUCUUUGGUACGUAGCGCCAUUACCGAUUCAGAAAUUGUUCUUAAUUAUGCAAAAAUCUAUACAGAAUCAUAAACUAGUAAUGGGUGGUCUUUUUGUACUGUCUAUAGAAGGAUUCUCUACGGUAAUAAAUGUUAUGUGUAUGCUACCGAAAAUAACUAAAAUCGAUUUAUUUGGCAGUUCAAAAUUCUUGUCGAUGACUGUUUAACUAUUAAUCAUGGCCGAUAAGAAAAACACUUUUUGUUCUAGCUUAUUACAUCGGCUGUAUCAUAUUUUACUGUCAUGCAUGCUAUGAAUGAUCAUGAUACUGAAGGCAGACUAGUGAAGAAAAUUUAGUUAUUAAGAAUACCUUUUGAUUCCAUAACAAUAAUUAUUUCAACAUAAAUGGUGAGAGCUCUCUAAAAUUGAAGUCAUUCGUAUUAUACGAUGCAUAUCAUUUUCAAUAUAUUUAUUUGGCACAAGUCGACCAUUAGACACUAAAUUAUUUUACUAUAUUUGAUAUAUAUAAAUUGUAUAUUGACAUAUUUGAUAAUAUAAAUUGUAUAUUAUAUUGGGUUUCGUGCAUUAUAAAAUCCUGUUAGUUAUGAUAGUUUAAUAAUAUACUCAUUAUAGAAGCAGAUUAUUUUAACAUUGUAAUCAAUUGUCAUAAGGUACUAACAUGUCUCUCAAAAUUCAAUUUAUAUUAAUACGAUAAUCAGAAUCUAUUAAUUUACUAUAAUAUGUAAUAUUAUACUAACUUAUAAUACAUGCCCAUAAUGAAUAAGAUUGUAUUUAUAAUAAUAUUUAUCAUACAAUUCACUUUAGUGCACAAAACCAAUAAACAGAACAGAAUAUAAACAAUAAGCGAUAUAUUUUAUGUACAUUACAAAUACUAUACUAGAAGAAUUCCAAAAUUUGUUAUAAUGAAAUAUUAAUCGGGAUAUGGCUUCAGAUGUGCAUACGCAACUUCAGUGUUUUAUAUUUUCAUUAAUAGUAUUGUAUCUGUACAAUAAUAAACAAAUAAGGUAUUAAUACAUUACGUUAAAAUAUUCACGUAGAUAUACAGAAACACUAUAAUGAAAUAAUCUUUUCUAUUAGUUCUCUCAUAGUUGGCAUUAUUUUUAGAUAUCACCGUUUUAAUAGGAAUUCUUUUUUUAUAUAUAGAUAUUUAUAUAUAGAAAUAAAAUAUAAUUAUAUUUUACUUUAUGCAUAAAACGUGCGCGUAUACUUGAUGCCAUUUUUGUACAUAUUUAAAAAAAUAAGAUUAUACUAACAUAAUUAACUGGACACAUGAGGAAAGGUAGCCAGGAUGCACGUGCAUAUACCGCCUUAUUUCACACUGAAGUGUACACUUCGGUGGCACAAGAUCGACUGACGCAUAGAAGGCACGGCUGCCUAGUGCGCUUGCGCUUAGAUACAUUGAAGAAUGAAAUAUCUCUUUUUCUAAUUUCUUUUUUACGUCUGGCAAUUUACGUAUUACGUGAAAUAUCUAUUUUAUAUGGUGCACGCUGUUUAAAGCUUCAUCGAACUCUGUUUAUGAUUGUGGGAUUAUGGCCAUAUCAGAAACCAUUUAUUUGGCAAAUACAAACAGUUUUCUUUUUCGGUGCAUACAGCUGCAUGUUAUUUUCUCAGUUUACGCCGUUCUUAACGACGACUUGUAACAUGGAGUGUAUUCUAAAAAGAUUUUCUUAUAUUUGUAUUACUUUCGUUUGUAUUUUGAAUUACUACUCAUUCUACUUCAAUUCUGAAGCUGUAAAGCAGAUGUUUGAACAUAUACAGUUUGACUGGAAAACGUUUAAAAAUUGUGACGCAAUGAAAAUAUUUGAAGAAUAUCUCUCAGAAUCUUAUAUUUUCACAUUAUCUCUGUGCAUUUUGUUUUUAAUAGGAGCAUCUUUCAUUACGAUUAUGGAAAGUAAACCUAUCAUCCUUGAUGUUAUUGCACCAAUGAAUGAAUCUCGACCACGAAAACUUGAAGUAGAUAUUGAAUUGUUCGUCUUCAAUGAAGAACAAUAUUUUUUCUUUUUAUUAGUGCUGGAGGGAGUAGCAGCAGGAAUCGGUCUUUGGUCGCUCCUUACGAUUCUAACGUUCAUAACAACACUAUACAAUGCUAUAAUGCAGUUCAACGACUUGUAUGAUAUUUUUGUACCUUGUGGAAUGUUAGUGUGUUAUUUGCUAUAUAUGUUUAUGGCAAAUUUUCUUGCACAGUCUUACACUGAACACAGUGUAGGAGUAUUAGAAUCGACAUAUGAUACUCUUUGGUAUGUAGCGCCAUUACCGAUUCAGAAAUUAUUCCUAAUUAUGCAAAAAUCUAUAAGGAGCCAUGAAAUAAUGUUGGGUGGUCUUUUUGUUCUGUCCGUAGAAGGAUUUUCUACGCUUGUGAGUUCAGCUGUGUCAUAUUUUACUGUUAUGCACGCUAUGCGUUUAUGAGUAUAAAGUGACGAAGAAACAGCGAAGAAGAUAUAAGUUAUUCAGAGCAAUGCUUACAUGCUGUAUAAUUGUUCUUACAAUGAUAAGUGAUGACAGCUUUUAUAGAAAAAAAGGAGCUAUCUUCGUUAUGUAUACUUCAGAAAUAUAUAUAAUUGGAACGUAUCGAUUUUUUCAGGCAAGACAUUAUAUUAAAUUUGGCAGUAUAAAUUGUAUUUUAGUACUUAAUGUACUUAAUGUACUUGUUUUCUUUUUGCGGAAUAUUAUUUGCUAAUUAUUAUACUUUAUAAAACAUGCAUUCCUAAGUUUGAUGUUGUAAUUCUAUAUUGUAAUUAAUUAUGAUGCGUGAUAAAAUAUUAAUAUACUGUU